AUGCCAUUUAUCCAGACGCACUCCAUUCCCGACAUACUGGCUGGCGCCUCUGCGACGUCGGGCUCUCUGGCGUCCUUGGCAUCGACCACCAUCGCUCAGCAGCCGCAGAUCAUGCCCGGUCAAAGCGCUCAAGCCCCUACAUCCAUUAUCCAACACGGACCCAUCCGCCGCCUACCUCUCGAACUCCUGGACGAGAUCAUAGUAACAGCUCUCAUCGACGAGACUGUCAGCUCCGCAUUCUUCAAACGGGGCAUGUACGCGCAUCGCCGUCUCGCUCUCGUCUGCGCAUUGUGGCGCGCUAUAGUCGUGGCACUACGGCGGAGGCCAUGGACUUACAGCAAUAUUCAUUUGGGAAAGGACUGCGCGACCUCGAUGGUCAGCGACGACGUCAAGGCUUCCAUGAUGCACGAAUACCUAGGGUUCUCCGGCAGCGAGCCACUCAAUGUGAGGCUCGACCUCAGCCUCGUCAGCGGUGGCAUUCCGCCAUACGUUCGCGCGGUCCUCGAACAGUCUCACCGCCUGCAGUCCCUCUCCAUCAUCGGCGACCUACGCGACGAGGGCGCGCACUCCGCCCUCUCCCUGAUCGCCCACCCCGGUGACCUUCCCAUCCUUCGCAACCUAUCGCUCGAGGACCUUCUUGACUUCCUCUGCUUCCCUGCCAUUGAGGAGGUCACCAUCAAGAGAGACGAGAAGUCCGAGACGGAGGUCAUGGUUGCUCUGCAGAGCGAUAUACAUGAUGGCGGAGGCGAUGUUGAGAGGCUUGUUGUCAACUACGUAUAG